GCCUUGAAGUCAUCUAAAGUUAGUAUAAGUCCUCUAUUGACUAUUGUUGGACCAUCUUCUUUCCUUAUUAAAAUCUCUGGGUUUCAAUUUGAUUUCAUGCAAAGCUCAACAAACUUGCUGAGAUCAUACGGGGCCAGCAGUGAAUUUCGAGUAAAACAAAAGCAUAUUAUAAGAUUCUGUUGGUAAGAAAUGCCUAGGGAAUUGUCACGUUCACGGUCGCGAUCACCGACAUAUAGGCGGAGGCAUUCACCUUCGCCUAGGUAUAGCAGGAGGAGCCGGAGAGAUAGAAGUCGGUCACCAUAUUCAUCAUAUUCUUCGAGCAGGCGGAAAAGUCAUUCUAUUUCCCCACGCCGCCGGAAAGCUUGUUCUCCGUCUCCAAGACGCCGUAAAAGUCGUUCUCCAACACCAAGGCGCUAUAAGAGGCAAAGAAGUAGGAGUUCUUCACUGUCUCCUACUCAUAAAUCCUCAAGUCCAAGUCUUGGGUCAUUAGAGCAGAAAAAUGCAAUUGAAAAAUUAAGAAAAGAAGAGGAAGAGAAAAAAAGGCGUCAACAGGAAGCCGAAUUGAAACUGAUAGAAGAAGAGACAGCAAGGAGGGUAGAAGAAGCUAUUAGGAAGAAAGUUGAAGAGAGCUUGAACUCUGAGGAGAUUAAGCUGGAAAUUCAGAAGCGGUUGGAGGAGGGGCGGAAGAGACUUCUAGAUGAAGUCACAGCUCAACUUGAGAAAGAAAAGGAAGAUGCUCUAAUCGAGGCUAGAAGAAAGGAGGAGCAACUGCGCAAAGAGAAAGAAGAAUUGGAAAUGAUGCUUGAAGAAAACCAGAGGAGGGUUGAAGAAUCUCAGAGAAAAGAAGCGGAGGAGCAGCAGCGAAGAGAGGAGGAGCGUUACCGUGAACUGGAACGCAUCCAAAGAGAAAAAGAAGAGGCGUUGAGAAGGAAGAAACAGCAAGAGGAGGAAGAACGUUCGAAUCAGAUGAAGUUGUUGGGUAAGAACAAAUCUCGGCCGAAGUUGUCGUUUGCAAUUGGGUCUAAAUGAACACCGGAGAAACAUCAUAUAAUUUUGUCAAAAUGUCUGUGCUUGAUUGACUUAAUUAAUAUUACAUGUUUGCAUUUGUGAUUUAAAUGAUAAAAUACAGUUUUUUGUUAUUAUUCAUUGUUCUAUACCCAGCUCUACCCCUUA